CCAUGGUCUGAUUCUGAGGCUCAUGUACCACUACAUUUCUAUGAAAUAAAAUUUAUUCCCAUUCCAGAGGAUAGAGUUUACCGGAAGUUUGGUCUGGUUGUGAAGUGUCCACUUCCUAAGGAAGCUGAAGCUAUGAAAGUUGAUUUACAUCUUGCGCAUGGUAGGAUUGUUAAGACCAGCUUUAUCUCUUCUGGUGUUUUAACUUUCAGCAGAGAAGAGAUUACUCUUGCACAAAAAUUUCAGGAAAUGUUCCUUAAAGUCAUCCUCGACAGAUCUGAGUUUUUCUCUGAUGUUGUUCUCUUGGGUAGUAAUCUGAAAUCACACUGUUCAUUGACUUUUUAUCUUUUACUUCCAGUCAAGCAGUGUGCAGAUGGGCGGUCUGUGGUUAUUGAUUGGCAUACAAUCAGAUGCUGUUUAUCAUCUCCUGCGUUUGGAUGCCAAGUGAAUUCUGACAGAAUGGAUUAUGUGCCCAUCAAUGAUACAUUGGAACUUCUUAAUGGUCCUGUUAAAAAGGUUGAUGUCCUUCACAGCUUGAUCUUCACUCCGCAUAAUAAGCAAUUUUUCUUCAUUGAUGGCAUAGUUGAUGAUAUCAAUGCCAAUAGUCGACGCAAGGGUUCAAAGGAUAUAAGUAAUGCACAACAUUAUAAGGAAAGGUUUGGCAUUCAGCUAAAACAUCCAGAUCAACCAUUUUUAAAAGCAAAACAACUUUUUGCCUUGCGUAAUCUGCUGCAUAAUCGAUUACAAGAGAGUACAGUGGUUCGUGAAAUAGAGGAACAUUUUGACGUGAUACCCGCAGAACUAUGUUGUUUAAAGAUUGUGGGUUUCUCAAAGGAUAUUGGCAGUUCGUUGUCAUUAUUGCCUUCUUUAAUGCAUCGGCUUGAAAGUUUACUUCUUGCUGUUGAAUUAAAGGAUGUUAUGUCAAGAUCUUUCCGAGAGGCCUCGGAGAUUAGUGGUGACUGUAUCCUAGAAGCGCUCACUACGGAGAAAUGCUUGGAGCGUCUCUCCCUUGAGAGGUUUGAGGUGCUUGGUGAUGCCUUCUUGAAAUAUGCAGUUGGCCGACAUAGUUUCCUCUCGUUCGAGGGUCUUGAUGAAGGGCAAUUAACUAAGAGGCGCUCUAGUAUUGUUAACAAUGCAAAUCUAUAUGAUUUAGCAAUUAAGAAUAAUUUGCAGGUGUACAUAUGCAACGAAUCAUUUGAACCCCCUCAAUUUUUUGCUCUGGGUCGUCCUUGUAUGGUUUCCUGCAAUAUAGACACAAAAUCAACUACAUGCUACCAAAGAGGGCAGGACAUAGAUGCUGAUGUAGCUGAAGCCCAUAAAUCUAAAUGCUCUAAAUCACAUCGUUGGCUCCAUCGAAAAACAAUUGCAGAUGUUGUGGAAGCCCUUGUUGGAGCAUUUUUGGUUGAGAGUGGAUUUAGAGCUGCAACUGCAUUUCUUCGAUGGCUUGGAAUUCAAGUUGAGUUUGAAAUUUUGGAUGUACAUAGAGUUUUAAGAGAAAGCAAGGCUUUUGUGCACCCUUCCUAUCAGAAGCACUCUGGAGGAUGCUACCAGAACCUGGAGUUUCUCGGCGAUGCUGUCAUGGAGUACUUGGUAACGUCAUAUCUCUAUUCAGUUUAUCCUGACCUGAAGCCAGGUCAAUUAACUGACUUGAGAUCAAUAACUGUCAAUAACAAUUCUUUAGCGCUUAUAGCAACACAGCAGUUUUUUCACUUGUAUCUACUAAAAGAUUCUAGUGGUCUCACUCAGGCCAUAAAUGAAUUUGUGAGUUAUGUUCAUUUGUCUGAAUUAGAACAAGAACAGUUGGAAGAGCCAUCAUUCCCAAAGGUUCUUGGUGACAUUGUUGAAUCUUCUAUCGGUGCCAUUCUUCUGGACUCAGGAUUCAAUCUGGAGUUAGUGUGGAAAAUUAUGCUCAAGCUAUUGAAUCCAAUAUUGAGUUUCUCUAGUCUUAAGCUUAAUCCUGUUAGAGAACUUCGGGAGCUUUGCCAGUUUAAGAACUUUGAGCUUCAGUUUCCUGAUCAUGAGAAAGUCAAAGGAGAUUAUUUAGUCAGAAUAGAAAUUCGUGCAAAUGGUGAGCUUUUGAGUUUCACUGCAACCAACCACAGCUCCAAAGUUGCUAGAAGAAUGGCUGCACAAGAAGCGCUUCGGGAGCUGAAGGCAAAAGGUUACAGACAUAAAAGCAAGUCAUUAGAGGAAAUUGUUCAGUCAACCCACAAGAGAGAAGCACAGUUAAUAGGCUAUGAUGAAGAAUGCAUGGUAAUAGACCCUGGUGAUCUCCUCGAGGCAAAUUUUACUGAGACUCAGUUGGACUUAGAUUGGCAAGAAGAACAAGAAGUGCCACCAUCUGGAGACCAUUCCCAUCACGAGCAGUCCAACCUGUCAAAGUGGGCAUCAGGAGAGUCUUCUGCUCAUACCGAUAAACUUCAAAACAACUCACAUGACCCAGCCUUACAACAGCAAAUUCAACAAAAUAUGGACAUCAGUAAUGAUUACAUGGAGACCAUAGGUAACAAGUCAGCCAAGUCGAAGCUGUAUGAGAUUUGUGCUGCCCACUAUUGGAACCGUCCGGAAUUUGUGUGCUGUAAAGAAGAAGGACCAAGCCACCUUAGAAUGUUUACUUGCAUGGUUUCCGUUAAAGCAGAUGGAAUCAAUUCAGUCCUCCUGGAGUGUGAAAGUGAUCCUAAGCCACAAAAGAAAGCUGCCAAAGAGCAUGCCGCUCAAGGCGCACUGUGGUGUCUCAAGCAUCUCGGAUACUUACCCAAACAAUGAGCUAUAUUGUGAUUGGCAAGGCUUUGUAUACUUAUACCAUUGAGCUGUGAAGGAUAGGCUAAUUAAUUUGUAUCAUUGGUAUGUUUGGGAUGCCCAUUUCUUCAGCUUUAACCAUUCACUGCAUAUGUUUGUUGUAAGGAAUAUGUAAAGUAAUUAUCUUCUCAUUUUGACAAAGUAAUUCUAUAUUGAAAACAUAUAUAUAAAUAUAGAUAUA